AUGGUACCCUCUUGGAAGGAAAGGAGGGAAUUUGGAAUUAAAGAAAAUGAUGGAUUUGUUUGUUUGGACUUUUUCCGAAAAGAAAUGAGGCCCCAAAGUGCUUCGAACUUGGCCAUGGGGUACGCCGUGGGGCCCCAGGGAUGGAGGUACAGCGACGCCAACUUCUACCAAACCAGAAAUAAAGACCCGCAGCUAAUUGCUGAGGCUCUCAUUAAGGGUUUUGUUGCUGCUGCAGCAGAACACGAGAGCAGCAGCAGCAGCAGCAGCAGCACCAGGAAAGACUGCAGCUACGUAUCAAGGCAGAACAAUGGCAGCGACCCUGAAGCAGCAGCAGCAGAAGCAGCAGAAGCAGCUGCAGCAGCAGCAGAAGCAGCACCAGAAGCAGCAGGAGGCCCCCAGGGGGCCCCUGAGACGGAAAAGGAAGGCAGUGGGGGCCCCCCAAAGAAAGCCGCUGAGGGGGGCCCCGCAGGUAACAAGUGGUCCAGCAGCAGCAGCAGCAGCAGCAGAAGAGCAGCAGUAGAUCUGCUGCCGGUAAUAGAAUUUGCCAAAGUGGAAGAUGAUGUUUUCUAUAGGGCCCUUCUGCAGCUAAUAAGUUUUGGGGCCCCCGGGGAUCCCCGCCGCUAUUUGCUGCAGCCCCAGGAAGAGGCCCUUUGGGGGGCCCCCCUAGCAGCAGGGGGGCCCCCUGCUGCUGCUGGGGGCCCCCUGAGCAGCAGCGGGGGCCCCCUGGGACUGAGGGGGCCCCUCCAGAGAAGCAGCAGCGAAAGAACUGUACCCUCUUUGUCCCCUUUGACAGAAUUGAGAAGAAGACCCUCUUUGAGAGAUGCUAGGGGGGGCCCCCCUGGGGGCCCCAAUGGGGGCCCCUCUCUGCAGGGCCCAGUCUGUACCCCCCAGAGAAACGCGCAGCAGCAUCUGCAGCAGCAGCAGCUGCAGCAGCAGCAGCAGAUGCUGCAGCAGCAGGAGAUCCAGCAGCAGCAGCUCCAGCAGCUGCAGCAGCAGCAGCUCCAGCAGCUGCACCGCCAGCCCCACAGAAUAGAAGCCAGAGGGGCCACAGUCCGAAGAGCUAUGGGGGCCCCCAUGGGGGCCCCGAUGGGGGGCCCCAUGGGGGCCCCCAUGGGGCCCCCUCAACCAGUACCCUGGGGGCACCCCGCGGCCUUACCGGGGGCCCCCCUUAUCCCUCGUGGCUUUGCACAAGACAGGACUCCCAGCGCAGCAGCAGCAGCAGCAGCAGCAACAGCAGCAGCAGCAGCAACGGGAGGCAAAGGACUUCCAGGCUUGUGCCCCCCGGAGGGGCCCCCUGCGGGGCCCCCCAUGGGGGCCCCCGGGGGGCCCCCCUCACUAAACUUGGCCCCCCCCCAGCAGCAGCAGCAGCAGCAGGCAGCACAGGGGCCCCCGAAGCAGCAGCGGGGGGCCCCAGGCACAGGGGCCCCCGGGGCCCCCGCUGCAGCUGGCCCUGCCGGGGGCCCCCCUCAAGGCCUCCCCAGGGGCCCCCUUCCUGCAUUAGAGGGUCUUGCUGCAGCGCUGCUGCCAGCAGCAGCAGCAGAGGGGGCCCCCUCUGGCAAAGACAGCAGCGGGGGCCCCGGGGGGCCCCCCAGGGGGCCUUUAACAGUGUCUGGGGUGUACCUAGAUGCUCUGUACCCUAUGGCGGGGCCCCUGGAGGGUACUGAUGGGUUGGGGGGCCCCCUGCAGCAGGGGCCCCGCCGAGCUCUUGCUGCUGCUGCUGCAGCAGCAGCAAAGGAAACUCUGGGGGCCCUAGAAGCAGCAAGGGGGCCCCCCGUGCUGCGCCUGCCGUGGACAGACAAGGGGCCUCCAGAAGCCCCGGGGGGCCCCCCUGAACCUCCAGGGGGCCCCCCAGGGGGCCCUCCAGAGGGUACAAAUUGGGGACCCACUUUAGUACCUCUUCGUACCCUGCAAGACCUGCGUGAGGGUGUUGCUGCUCUCGUGGGGGGCCCCCAGCUGCUGCAGUCCCCUGUGGAGAUUCAUGCUGCUGCUGCUGCUUUAGCUGCUGUGCGUCUCGAGCCUGCAGCACGUGCUGCUGCUGCAGCAGGUGCAGCAGCAGCAACAGCAGCAGCAGCGCUCAGGAGGGACGCAGCAGCAGCAGCAGCAGCUCUCAGGAGGGACGCAGCAGCAGCAGGAGCAGCGACACCGGCGGUCGAAGACCCCGCUGCUGCUGCUGCUGCUGCUGGAGGGGCCAUUACAGCAGCAGCAAAGUUCCUCCAGCAGGUCGGAAGCUCCCUCUCUCCUUCUUCUUCCUAG